GAGUCGGCUUGUGAAGAAAAUGGCCGCACCGGAAGUCUACUUGUGCGGCCUGUAUUGGCCUUCUCGAGCACAGAAAUACUGGCUCGAAAUACAUCCGUCCGUAGCCUUACCAUGCCUGCCCUUCGCUCGUGGUUCACCAUCCCCCGUGGCUCGCACUUCUCGCUUGCCAACAUCCCCUUCGGCAUCGUCUCAACCGCGACUUCCAAUUCUCCGCGUGUUGCGGUUGCCAUUGGCGACCAUGCCCUGGACCUCGAAGCCUUCGCUGCGAACAAUGGCUUCUCCGCUCUCUCCGCGAUCCAGCCACACCAGGCUGUAUUUUCCGAGCCUUCGCUGAACUCUUUCGCUGCCCUUGGCCGCCCAAUGCACGCAGUUGUCCGAAAGUAUAUCCAGAGCGUAUUUGCCGAAGACACGCCAUAUCCCGACGUCUUGAAGAACAACGCAGCGCUGCAGAAACAAGCACUGUUCCCCUUGAAAGAUGUCCAGAAACACUUGCCGUUCAAGAUUGGUGACUAUACUGAUUUCUUUGUCGGCAUGAACCAUGCCUACAACUGCGGUGUUAUGUUUCGUGGGGCAGCCAACGCCUUGAACCCCAACUACAAAUACCUCCCUGUGGGAUACCACGGCCGAGCCUCUUCGAUCGUCCCGUCGGGCACGCCCAUCCGUCGUCCGCACGGUCAGUUCUUGCCGAACCCAGCUGCAGACGAGAAGGUUCCCGUUUACGCACAUAUCAAGAAACUCGACUAUGAGCUCGAGCUAGGCGCCUUCGUCUGCAAGCCGAACAAGAUGGGAGAGCCUGUGCCCAUUGGCCAGGCCGAGGACAAUUUGUUUGGCCUAGUCAUGUUGAACGACUGGUCAGCAAGAGAUGUGCAGUCGUGGGAAUACGUUCCUUUGGGCCCAUUCAACGCAAAGAACUUUGGCAGCAGUAUCAGCACCUGGGUCGUCCUAAUGGAUGCUCUUGAACCUUUCAAGGUCAAGGGUAUCGAGAACGACAAGGAGGUCCUGCCUUACCUCAAAGAGAAAGAUGACAAAACUGUGUAUGACAUACAAUUGAAGGUCGAUUUGAAGACAAACUCUGGCAGCACGACCACCGUCGCAAACUCGAACGGUCGCCAUCUGCUCUGGUCAUUUCCCCAGUGUCUGGCCCACCAUACAUCCACUGGUUGCAAUCUGCAAACUGGCGAUCUGCUUGGUUCAGGAACGAUAAGCGGCACGGCUGCGGGGGAAUAUGGCUGUCUGCUUGAGGGUACCGAAGGCGGGAAGAAGCCGUUCAAGGUUGGUGACGAAGAGCGGACCUUCUUGCAGGACGGCGACGAAGUCACUUUCACAGGUGUCUGCGGUACCGAUGAAGAGGCUCUGGUUGGUUUCGGGCAAGUCACUGGCAGGAUAGAACCGGCGCUGAAUCUUGGCUACUAGCGUUUCCCGUAUAGAUGCAAUCACCUAUAGACUCGUUAUAAUGCAUGAAAUAGCCAUUGUCAAACGAU